CUUUGGGUUGCCUCUUCCCUUUUUCUAUAGAAGACUUCCAAAUUUCGGGAUCUCCUGCAACACUUAUAAUCAUCUCCUCAAAAACGGCAGUAGCCUCUGUCUGUCCCGGUCACUUAACCCACAGCUGGGAUGUCUCCAUUUCCUCUUGCUUCCAUAGAUUAAACACAUCAGGGUUGGGCUUGGUGCACGUAACAACUCGCUCCCCCCACUCCAUAAAACUGGCGAAGACUCCUAGUUGUACAGUUGAAAAAGGAUUUUUUGCAUCAUUUUUUUGCCUAGUGUAGCUUGCUAUAUCAUGAACCUGGCCAGGAUAGAAAAGGUGCAUGUGCCAAAACUCAUUCUUCCCAACUCUUAAAUACUUGCUGGCUUUUUUAGCAGUAUGGGGGCGGGGGCGGUGAUGCGAUGUUGCCAGACUGCAACGACUUAUCUCUAAUGAUAGUGGAAAAAGACAAAUUGCCAGAGUUGUUGAUUCCUAGCCCCCUCCACCCAUUCGUUUCUAAGUCCGGUUGCUUUACUUUCUUCCCUACACUCUGAAUCAAGUGGGACUUCAGUAGUUUGCUCCUCAGCUGACAGAGGAGGAGGGGGUUACCAUAUCCUUAGAUGUCCCGGCAUCAUGGAAGAGGUGGACAAGAUCCUCAUACAUUCCCUCCGCCUCUCUGGGACGAACAUCCCAGAGGAAGUGCAGAGCAUCCGUGAGUUCACCACUGAGCUGAUUGUUGAAUCUGUUGUGCGAUGUCUUCGUGUCAUCACUCCUUCUGUUGGGGUAGGCCUCAGCCACAUCCUGCCUCCAGGCAUGUCUGCUCGCUUCCGGAUUGGCAUGAGCCUAGCACAAGCCUGCCAGGACUUGAGAUAUCAAGGUGAAGUUGGCUAUCAGACCUUCUUGUACAGCAAUGAGCCUGAAAUCCGACGCCUCCUCCUCUUCCUGGUAGACAAACUUCCACGGGAUGCCUCAGAGGAUGCUGACCAGCCUGUGGGCAAAUCGACAGUGCUUCACAAAGCCAUUGCUGCUGCCAUCAAGGAGCAACUGGCCAUCCCAUGGGUGCCUCCUGCCUGUCGUACCCCUCACCUGCAGCUAUUACAGGGUUCUUGCCUACUGAAGCGAUUCCAAGCUCAAUCCUUGAUCCUGCCUCGAGAGUCAGGCCCGUUUAUUGGGAAGGUCCCCCAAGAAAGGAAAGAGUUCUUUGUCAAGUUCCUGCCCCCUGUGUCAGCCCAGCUGCCCCAUCUGACAUCCUUGGUGCCAUCUCUGUUGGAGUUUAAUAUGGGUGAGCUGAGCACAGCCCAAGACUGGGAGAAUGAGUGGAAGAGCCAGGGUCUUGGAUCACGCAUGACCCCAGAGGAGUACCGCCAAUGGAAGCAUCAGCGACUGCAGCAUCGCCUCCUGGACCAGUUACGGCAAACAUCUCCUCAUGCUGGGUCUACCCACCAGGGAACAGCCUGUGACCUCAUUCAGCUCCUGGGUACUUUUGGUGCUGGGCUUGAGCAUGCUGGGGCUCUGGCCAAGGGCUCUCGCUUCAUCCAUACUCAGCACUUGGCCUAUAAGCAGGAGGCAGAAUCCCCAACACAAGUGGAGGCGAUGCCAAUCUCCCAGACAACAGAACAGAUGUUAAGGGAACGUCAGGCAACAGAACUGGAAACUUUGGAAGGUGAACUGGGCCACCUCAUGAAGCAGACUGAGGAGCUUGAGGGCCAAAUGGCCACGCUGGGGUUGACUCUCACACAGGUGGAAGGAGAGGUGCGGCAGCGACAGUUGAGAGUGACAGAGCAAGAGCAGGCCCUGCGGGUGAAGGGGUGUACUGUGGAGCUCCUGCCUGAUGCAGAGAACAACAUGGCUAAGCUGCAGGUGGUGGUUGAGAGCAGUGCACAGCGGGCCAUCCAGCUAGCUGUCCAGUGGGAGAAGCACCGGGUGCCACUAAUCCAGGAAUUUCGACAGCUCAAGGCUCUGCAUGACUCCAAGGAGCUGGAAUCAUCGCGGCGUCUGUCAGAGAUCAGGGACCUGCAUGAGCGGAUCCGAUCAGCCGCUGAUGAAGCUAAGCACAAGGAUGAUCUCUAUAAACAGCUGCUUGUGGAGUUGGAGUCCCUUCCCAAGGAUGUCUCCCGCUCUGCCUAUACUCAGCGCAUCCUGGAAAUUGUCAGCAAUAUUCGUAAGCAGAAGGAAGAGAUCACAAAGAUCUUGUCAGAUACCAAGGUGCUCCAGAAGGAGAUCAAUGGCCUCACUGGGAAGCUAGACCGGACCUUUGCUGUCACGGAUGAGCUGGUUUUUAAGGAUGCCAAACGUGAUGAGUCUGUGAGGAAGGCAUAUAAGUAUUUGGCAGCCCUGCAUGAGAACUGCAGUCAGCUGAUCCAGACUAUUGAGGAUACAGGCACCAUCCUGCGGGAAAUCCGGGACCUAGAAGAGCAGAUUGAGAGUGAAACCAGCAAAAAAACCCUGAGCAAUUUGGAGAGGAUCCUCAAUGACUACCGGGCCAUGAAGCAAGAAAAUGCAGCACUACUCAGCCGUACCCGAGAGACGUGAAGACCCCCAUCCCAGUACACAGCCACAGGUGCUUGUGGGGGCCUGGCCUGUUUCUGAUUUAAACUCUGCUGUGCCUCUAGAAAGGAGGGGCAUGGGGAGUGUGAGGAGGGCUCAUCCUUCCAGGCUUUGUCUGCAUUGUGAGUUGCUUAAAACCAAGCCAAAGUGCAGUACGUAUUUGGCGGGGAGGAUUGGCCCCUUGUGCUAUCCUUCUGACAGAUUGUAUAUUGGAGAAGCAGAUGUUGGGGGACUUGGUUUCCUCCAUUUAUUAUUUCCAAGCAAACCCAUUUCUUCUCCUUCCCUCAAAACAAUAAAAAUCUCUUUUCUUUUGCA